AUGGUGGACUAUACCGAAGUCAAGAGAUCACUUCCUGAAGUCCAUCCUGAGGGUCAAGAAUCGAGGCUUGACCCUUCCACUUCUGAAGGUCGCGACAUCUCUGACUUAUUGAAAGAGAGUUCGGUCCCAACCGUCAUUGUGGCAGCUGAAAAUUCACAUUCUAACAUCGGAAAUCUGGGCGAUCAGUUAUUGAACACUUUAAGCAUCACGGAUAACAACAACGAUGUUAUUCAUGGUUAUUCAACUAGUCCACCGGCAGCUGAAACCGGCCAAGAGAUUUUCUACCGUGAACAGGAUGACGCUCCUAUUUUCAAAGCAUAUGUUGACGACGUAGCGACUGGAAGGGACACUGACCAAGAACAUACAGAGCGCACAGACCUUAACGGGAUCACUAACGUGGCAGCGAUAGCGGAUGUCCAAUUGAAAAAGACAAGUGCUUCUUUUCGAAAAAAGUCCAAGAAGAGAAAAAAGAAGAAGAAGGAACCAGAACAACCUAGCCAACCAGUAAAAGAGGCAUCUGUGCAGACAAAGGUGGCACUAGCCGUUUCGCCCCAAACUCAACUGGCGCCAAAAUCUCACGCAAACAUAUAUUCCUUCAGGAGUUACGUUCUAACUAAGAUAGCAGAAGCCACAUUCAAAGAAAUCAAGCCGAUGACCAAUUUUCAGAUUUGCUCUGUACCAGAAAGUUUUGGAAAAGUCUGCGAAGUCCGAGUAAAAAUCGAGAAAGCGAAGAUCUGAAGCACCCGAUCUUUUUACAACGCCCUUCAUUCGCCCCAUUCUUCUACUAUCAACCAUUUAUCUUGUCUUCAAAAGAUGGCCAAGGUCGGUGGUACGCUUACGUACGGUCGAUGCAUCAUGGCGAGUCUUUUAAAGUACGCCUCGAGCUCUACAGUUUCAGACAGAGUAGGUUACCAUUUGAUUUGCAAAAAGCGAAGAUCGAAAUACUGCCUAUGGACGGGACGGGGAAGCGGACUCUCGAAGCUUUAGAGAGACUAAACUACUCUAAAUUCGUUGAUGUCGCAUUGGGACGUAUCAGACCGACCGUGACUGCUAACUACCGCAACGAAAAGUAUGACAUAGACGAGAAACUGAACGAAUCGCAAACUCGUGCGGUGAAUUGUGCUCUGAAUCAGGAAACGACUGUCAUUAGAGGUCCCCCAGGUACUGGAAAAACUGCGGUCAUCGUUGAAAUUGUCAAGAAUUUACUCAAACUAAAUGAAGGAUGGCCAAUACUAUGUGUGGCGGAAUCCAACGUUGCAGUGGACAACCUGUAUGAAAGACUCUCCGAAUUCUGCGACAAGUCAAACGUGCUCAGAGUAGUGUCUUCCUAUAAGGAGCACAUGUACCCGCCCGAUGACGACUUGGGAGAUAUUUGCCUGCACAACAUCAUGUUUUCCCGUUUAAGUCCAUAUUUCCAGAGUGUUAAAAAACUGUUACAAAACAAGCAAUAUGGAGCAAUAGCAGAAGACGACUACGAUAAAUUGUGGGUCAUUCAAUCGAAGUUAAAGCGUAGGAUACUGAGCAAAGCUAAAGUUGUGCUCACCACUAAUGUAGCCUGUGGUGGUUUGGCGUACGCCAAUUAUUACGAAUUUGGAACGGUGAUAAUGGAUGAAUGCACACAGGCUUCAGAGCUUUCCUCAAUUGUGCCCAUAUCACUGCCCAAUGUCGAGAGGCUAGUUUUUCUAGGAGACGAGAAGCAGUUGUCGUGUAAUUCGGGUUAUUCUUUUAGGCUUGUAUCACUCUUCGAAGGGUUAAUCGCUAAUAAGAAGUGUUCUCCAAUCAUGCUGGAUACCCAGUACAGAAUGCAUCCAUUAAUUUCUGAGUUUCCAGCCAGCAACUUUUACAACGGUCUUUUAAAAGACGGCAUCAGUUCCGAAGAGCGAAAGUGGCCGGCCCCGUUGCCAGCCAUAUCCUUUUACCAUGUUGAAAAUGAAAAUGAAGCUGCAAUUACAGUUGACGCGAACUAUCAGCAUAAAAACUCUCAUAAAAACUCUCAUUAUACAAACUCUCAUCAGAAUUUGCCUGAGGCAAAAGUUGCCUUGAAAAUAGUUCAGGACCUAAUUUCGACUAAAGGCGUUCAGCCUGGCCAGAUUGGUAUCAUUACUUCUUAUUCUGCUCAAAGAGAUUUGAUCACGAAUAUGGCCAAAGAUCUCCUGCAGUUGAAACAGAGUCGUUCAUCGGUUUCGACAGAAAGGGAUUCUGAAUGUGCUGAAGGAAAAUUUGACUCACAAGGAUGUGUAUGCAGCGUCAAUGGAACGAUGAUCGCAACAGUGGACGCAUUCCAGGGUUAUGAAAGAGACUUUAUUAUUCUCUCAUGCGUGAGAAGUAAUAAAAGCGGCGCAAUCGGGUUCUUCAACGAUAAGAGAAGACUGAACGUCGCACUCACUCGAGCUCGAUACGGCUUAUUCAUGGUGGGAGAUAAGACGACAUUAGCAUCCAAAAACAAAAUCUGGCGGAAACUGAUAAACCAUUUUAUGAGGAAAGGUGCAGUAAAAUACGGGUACGAGAACGUAAAAUGA